AUCUCUCGUAACCUGGGGAAGCUCUACAGCGAAAUGAUCUUUGUGAACGGCUUUGUGCACUGUGACCCGCACCCAGGCAAUGUGCUGGUGAAGAAGUGCCCAGCCUCCGGCAAGGCCCACAUUAUUCUCCUGGACCAUGGACUUUACCAGGUGCUGAGCGACUCAUUCCGCAUGGACUACUGCCGCCUUUGGCAGGCCCUCAUCAAGGCUGAUAUGAAGAGGGUGCAGAAGUACAGCCGGCGGCUCGGGGCGGGGGAUUUGUACCCUCUCUUUGCCUGCAUGCUGACCGCCAGGUCCUGGGAGUCUGUCAACAAGGGCAUUGACCGGUUGCCUGUCUCAGCCAGCGAGGAUGUGGAGAUCCGGUCCAACGCUGCUGCUUACCUGCCCGAGAUCACCCAGCUCCUCAACAACAUCCCGCGCCAGAUGCUGCUGCUGCUGAAGACCAACGACUUGCUAAGAGGGAUCGAGUCAGCCCUGCACACACGUGCCAGUGCCAGCUCCUUCCUCAACAUGUCUCGCUGCUGCAUAAGAGCUGUUUCCACGUACCAGAGGAGCAAGAGCCACUCGCUGUACAGGAGGGCCCACAUCUCCCUCACAGAAGCCCUGAGCCUGUGGCAGAUCAACUUGUAUGAACUCUUCCUGUGGCUGAAGGGGUCCCAGCUGGGGAACUGGGUCGUUGCUCUCCUGAGCUGGAUGCACCAUUCCACGUACUGACAUGAACUGGUCGCAGAGGCCCGGCUGUUCCCUCCCUCCCUUCUGCUCUCCGUGGCACAUUUGCAUUUCUGACUGUUUCUAUCCAUUCUGUGG